GUUAUAAACCCCUCUCACCUUCUCUUCCGUCUCACUUGACACAGCCCUAUACUUUCUCUCUCUCUCACACUGUGUCACACUGCAUUGUUAUGACUGCGAGAACCCCAACCAGAGGCCGUGGUGGCGGUGGUGGAUUUAGGGGAGGCAGAGGCGAUGGGUGGAGAGGAGACAGAGGUGGAAGAGGAGGUUUUGGGGGAAGAGGCGGUGGUGAUAGAGGAAGUGGAAUGAAGCGUGGCAGAGGAAGAGAUGGAGGAAGAGGUGGCGGAAGGGGUCGCGGCGGAGGUAGGGGUCGUGGCGGAGGAAUGAAGGGAGGAAGUAGGGUUGUGGUUGAGCCACAUAGACAUGAUGGAGUGUUCAUUGCAAAAGGCAAAGAAGAUGCUCUUUGUACCAAGAACAUGGUCCCUGGCGAAGCCGUGUACAACGAGAAGAGGAUCUCUAUUCAGAAUGAAGAUGGAACAAAGGUUGAGUAUAGAGUAUGGAAUCCCUUCCGUUCCAAGUUGGCGGCUGCAAUUCUUGGAGGAGUUGAUGAUAUUUGGAUUAAACCUGGUGCUCGGGUCCUGUAUCUUGGAGCUGCUUCUGGUACAACUGUCUCUCAUGUGUCCGACCUUGUUGGUCCUACUGGAGUGGUUUAUGCAGUGGAAUUUUCUCACCGUAGUGGUAGGGAUUUGGUAAACAUGGCAAAGAAGCGAACUAAUGUCAUACCCAUCAUUGAAGAUGCAAGACAUCCAGCCAAGUAUCGAAUGCUUGUCGGUAUGGUGGAUGUGGUAUUUUCUGAUGUUGCUCAGCCCGAUCAGGCGAGGAUUUUAGCACUGAAUGCAUCAUAUUUUUUGAAAGCUGGAGGACAUUUUGUUAUAUCAAUUAAGGCUAACUGUAUAGAUUCAACCGUUCCUGCUGAGGCCGUAUUUGCCCAGGAGGUGAAGAAGCUUCAGGCAGAUCAGUUCAAGCCUAUUGAGCAGGUCACUCUUGAACCUUUUGAGAGAGAUCAUGCUUGUGUGGUUGGAGCCUACCGUGUGCCAAAGAAACAAAAAACUGCUGCCUAGCAAGUCUUGCAUUUCCUUGCCUUGCUUACACCUGGCCGGGGACGCAUGGGGGGGGGGGGAUCAUGUAUUCAUAUGAAAAUGUUCAGCCAGCUUUUAAUUUCUCCUUUUAUUUUUUUAUGAGCUUUAGUGUUUGUGGAAUUUGCUUUGGAAAAACUUACUUUAUUUGAUGUGGGUUUCACAUGAAGUUCGAUGCACACUUAAAUUAAUGAGUAAUGUUAUUGGAAUUUAAACGUUUGACUUAAUGAUUUGAUUUUAUUGUAACAAAUUAAAUUAACAUUAAGUUUCAACGUUUGAUGGGG